AUGGAGAUUAGUGCAGCUGCAGCUACAGCAGCAGCAGCCGCUAUGCCCAUGCAUGUAGUAGAGGGUCACACGACCAAGAAAACCAUGGAGCUAAAAUGGGUGAGCAGAAGAAGCAGCGGCGGAAAAAUCCAAAUGGAAAAAACCAUGAAAACGCCAUUAGAAUCGAAACCAAAAGCACCAGCAACCCUGCAAGCCCUGGUCCCAGUUUUCAUAUCCACAAACCCAUCCCACGUGAACCCAGAUGACCUCAGUGACCUUUUCAUCGCGUGCAACCUCUCAUGCCACCGUUUCCCCAAUUACGUGGACGCCGGCGGUGGCCGCUGCGUCGUUGAAGCUGUGGACUUGCACAAGCUGCGCAUCGCUCUCUCCCACAGUUCAGUCUUGGUCUCAGUCUUCUGCAAGCCAAAUGAUGUGAUUGGUUGCUCUUCAUCAUCUUCAUCAUGUUUGAAGGAAAAGCAGCAGCAGCAGCAGCAGAAGAAGAAGAUAGUGGGUUUUGGAGAGUUGUUGCAGAAUGUGGUGAUGCCUGUUACCCCAUUGAACAGUCAAUUGGUUGGCUUUGGGCGUGCAGUUUCUGAUCUUGGACUCACUGCCUCCAUCUACGAUGUCAUGGUGCUUCCUUCAUUGCGGGGAAUGGGAAUUGGCAGGAUGAUAGUUAAAAGAAUCAUAAGAAUGCUCACAAGUAGAGACAUCUAUGACAUAGCAGCCCUUUGCUCAGAGAAUGAGAGGUCAUUCUUCGAAGUGUGCGGUUUUGGGGAUGACAUUUUAGGCUCUACUGCAAUGAUGUAUACGAGGAGUAGCGUUUCAACUAAUCCUCAAGACAACCAGAUUGUUAAACCUGCCGGUCGAAAGCUAUUAUUCCUGCCCAUCUGUGAUGCACUUAUUGCUGAGGAAAAGAAGUUUGACAAAAGGGGUUACCCUAUAAUGUUGCUCGGGUAUAAAAAUUAUCUCACCACCAAACUUGGUAUGGGGAAACUCUGGGUUGAAGUGUGCCUGAUAUCUGCUAGAGGGCUCCGGCGUUCGUCUUCCUUAUGGAAGCUCCAAUGGUAUGCCGUUGGGUGGACUAACCCGAAUAACAAAUACUGCACCAAGAUUGAUGCAUCUGGAAAUGCAAAUCCAGUAUGGAAAACCAAGUUUGCUACCUUGGUUGAGGACUCGGAGUCGAACUUGAAGGAUCUGGCGCUGCACAUUGAAGUGUACAGCAGAGAGCCUAUAUUCCUCAGAGAGAGGCUUCAGGGUACAGCAACUAUUGUCUUGAGAGAGUUUCUGGCUAAGCAUAACAAGAAUUCUGAGGCUUCAAGACAAGGAGCUGAAGAAGUUGGGAGCUAUCAAUUGCGGAAAAAGAAGUCCAACAAGCCUCAAGGAUUCGUCGAUGUUUCAAUACGUAUAUCUGAGGACAUGGAAGCUCGAAGCUCAUACACAGUCCCUCAUAUAUGCGUUUCAUGGUUGAAGUUUGAUGGCAACAUGAUCCUUGACAUAUGUGAGGGAGGACCUACGGAUCUCAGCAAUACCAUCACCUUGGCUAUUGGAGAUGGGUCUUCACCAACAUUUCAACCUCUAGCUCCACACCAAAGGCCAGAAAGUCAGCUCCGUAUCAAUUCUCCAUAUGCACAACCAAGGCCUUUCCCUACAAACUAUUCCAACCCAUAUGCAGUUGGACCAAGCCACCCACCAUCAGGCGGACCAAGUUACCCGCCAGCCAGCAGGCCAAGUUACCCGCCAGCAAGUGGACCAAGCUAUGAGCCGCCCAAAACUCCGCCACCACCUCCCCCACCUUCUAAUGUUGGGUACAUACCCACUUUUAUCCCAAGAACAGAUAGAAUGUCGGAUAGCUAUGUUAAUAUGCCAUCAUCUGGAGCACCACCUGGUCGUAGAGGGGCACCGGGUUUUGGAAUGGGAAUGGGUGCUGGAGCGCUGGCGGCUGGUGCUGUGAUCUUCGGUGAUGACUUUAUGUCAGGAUUUGAUAUGCCUUCAGGAUUACAAGAUGCUAGUCUCACCAUAUCAACUGAUCCUCCUUUUUAA